AUGGCGCUGGCCUGGAUGGACUUCCACGUUCAGAAAAGAAGGGACGUGCCCAUCUAUUCUCUGUCUCGUCGACACCCUUCGGCCAUCUCCUCCCUCAUCGACACCCUCGACUCGCAGCCCACCACGCCCCCUUCCCUCUACAUCGACCUCGAGGGCGUCAACCUCGGCCGCCACGGCACCAUCGCCCUCGUCGAGGUCCACGUCUCCCCCCUCCGCCGGACUUACCUAAUAGACGUCCAUGCUCUCGGUGGAGAGGCUUUCACCGCCCCGAGCCCAACCACGGGCCGCACCCUCCAGGCCGUCCUCGAGGACGAGGCCAUCCCAAAGGUCUUCUUUGACGUCCGUCACGACUCGGACGCCUUGCACGGCCUUUACGGCAUCCGCCUCGCCGGCGUCCGCGAUCUGCAGCUGAUGGAGCUCGCAACGCGGAGCCAGGUCGGCCUGAACGGUGACGGCGAUGUGGUGUCCCUUUCGCGGGAACGUGUCCGCGACCUGGCAGCGUGCAUCAAAUGUGACGCUCGGCUGAGCCUAGAGGAGCGGGAGGCGUGGGAUGCGGCCAAGGUCGAGGGGAGAAUGCUGUUCGUGCCGGCUUUCGGUGGGAGGUAUGAGGUGUUUAGUGAGCGGCCGCUGAAGGAGGAGAUUAUGCGGUAUUGUGUCCAAGAUGUGCAGUUUCUGCCGUCGAUGUGGGCUUAUUAUGAGCCGAAGUUAACGCCGGAUUGGGAGGAGAGGGUGCGCAAAGCCGAACGGGACAGGGUCGCGCUGUCGCUGGCACCUGAGUUUUUUGGCGGAAAGCACAUGGCGCUGGCCCCGGAGGGCUGGUCUUCUUUGUGA